CCGCGCUGUCAGGUGGCCUCCCCUUCCCCCCGCUUGCUCCCGGGAGCCUCCAAUGCCCUGACUCCCUCCAAUGUCACCUACGGUCGCCUUGGCCUCAGCCCCGACAAAAACUUCAAUGCAAAGGAAAAGCCUGGACUGGUUUCACAGGCCUUUUAAAAAGCGGACUUGAAAAGUUGCUGGGCACGCAUUCCUUCUCGCCG